GCUGAGGGGGCUGCAGCUUGAGGCUCUCUGAGUUCGAAAGGAUCCGGUCCUGUUUCUGGGAUUCUCCCCCACCUCACCUCCACCGGCGUCAACAAGUGAAGUUUGAACCGGCUUCUCCAUGGCCUGGGCGCCAGUUCCCGGCUGAGUUGUUUUCUUUUUGGCUGAAAGCCCCCGCCCAGAGGCCGAUUCGUCGCGGCGGCGGUGGUAUCGCAGGUCGCUCAGGCUUGCAGAUGGGUCAGGGGCUGUGGAGAGUGGCCAGAAACCAGCAGCUACAGCAGGAAGGCUACGGUGAGCAAGGCUACCUCAGCAGAGAGCAGAGCAGGAGGGUGGCUGCCAACACCAUGUCUCACACCAGUCAUCGCAAACACGUCCAGGGGGGCAUCGACAUAUAUCAUCUUCUGAAGACAAGAAAAUCUAAAGAACAGGAAGGAUUCAUUAAUUUGGAAAUGCUGCCCCCCGAACUAAGCUUUACCAUCUUGUCCUACCUGAAUGCGACUGACCUUUGCUUAGCUUCCUGUGUUUGGCAGGACCUGGCCAAUGAUGAACUUCUCUGGCAAGGGCUGUGUAAAUCCACUUGGGGUCACUGUUCCAUUUACAACAAGAACCCACCUCUAGGAUUUUCUUUCAGAAAAUUGUACAUGCAGCUGGAUGAAGGCAGUCUCACCUUUAAUGCCAACCCAGAUGAGGGAGUGAACUACUUUAUGUCCAAGGGCAUCCUUGAUGAUUCACCAAAGGAAAUAGCAAAGUUUAUCUUCUGUACAAGGACACUAAAUUGGAAAAAACUGAGAAUUUAUCUUGAUGAAAGGAGAGAUGUCUUGGAUGACCUUGUAACACUGCAUAACUUUAGAAAUCAAUUCUUACCCAAUGCACUGAGAGAAUUUUUUCGUCACAUCCAUGCCCCUGAAGAGCGUGGGGAGUAUCUUGAAACACUUAUAACAAAGUUCUCACAUAGAUUCUGUGCUUGUAACCCUGAUUUAAUGAGAGAACUUGGCCUUAGUCCUGAUGCUGUCUAUGUACUGUGCUACUCUUUGAUUCUACUUUCCAUUGACCUCACUAGCCCUCAUGUGAAGAAUAAAAUGUCAAAAAGAGAAUUUAUUCGAAAUACCCGGCGUGCUGCUCAAAACAUUAGUGAAGAUUUCGUGGGGCACCUUUAUGACAACAUCUACCUUAUUGGCCAUGUGGCUGCAUAAAAGCACAACUGCUGGGACUUCAGCUUUUAACUGCAAACUGAAGCUACCCAAGGACCUGUUUAGCAGAUAUGGGGUGACAUUAGUGCUGGCCAUUCUAGCCUCUGUGUGCAAUCAAGCUUGAGUGUACAACUUUUUUUCUUUUACUCUUUUCUUUUUUAGUGACUUCUUUGGGGAACUAAAGAAUUUUGCAGAAUUUUUCUUAAUUUUGCUUAUCAUGUUUUGCACAAAGCAGAGCCAUUGUCUGACACAGCUGUUUAAGAAUGUUAAACUGACAUUAUAUUCUAAAAAAGAUGGUAUAUUUGUGCAUUAGAUUUUGCCUGAAAACUUUAUUCAUUUCCAUUCUUUUUUAAAAUACCAUGUAAUAUGUACAUAUUUAACUAAAAAUUUAUAAUCAUAAUUAUUUUAUUGUAAAGAUUUUGACUAAAGCCUUUCCUUUUUCUCUCAAA